CUGGAUUUUGAAGAAUAUUUCCCCAUCAAGAUAAAAAUGCCAUUUUCUCCUUCAUCUUCCCUGUUUCGUCUUUUCCCUGGCUAAGGAAAGUGUUUCUGCUUUGGGUAUAGUCGUGAUACAUGAAAAGGCCAUACAAUCUGAGGAAAAGAUAUUUGUUUAAUCUGUGCCUAUGAAAGCUGUGUAGUAACGUAUCAAGACGGUGAUUUUCAAGGAGCCUUUUGGCAUCGUGCUGAGUUUGGUCUUUUUCAACUACACAUUUCCUUGCUACAUUUUCUUUAUAUAAUACUAUAUCAAAGCUCAAAGGAAUUUGUUCUAACCAUUUUCAGUUAGUCAUUCAUUCAACCAGGCAUCUUUGUACCCUUUCCAUGCAUGAAUGGUCACAAGUCACAACCAAGUACUCUUUUAAACGCCAUUCAAUUCAUUCAAAUAAGCAUCUUUGCACUCUUUUUUCCUGCCUAAAUGGUCACAACCAAUAGCUAAAAUUUGCGCUUUGGUUGCACUAAGUAAUUUCCGGCUGACAUUUGUUGACAUGGAAGUGAUUUCUGAAGAGGGUUCAAGUUAUGACAGAGCAAAGGAAGUGCAAGACUUCGAUGAAACUAAAGCCGGGGUUAAAGGACUUGUCGACUCUGGCGCUAUCAAGAUUCCCAAGUUCUUCAUCCAUCCCCUGGAAAACCUGCAAAAACCAAAUGCUAGUGGUCCCAGUACAGUUUGUUUCCGAGUUCCAGUGAUAGAUAUGGAAGGCUUUCAAGGUAGCCGACGGAAGGAGAUAUUGGAUGGAAUUGUGGCCGCAUCAGAAACAUGGGGUUUUUUUCAAGUGGUUAACCAUGGAGUUCCUCUUUGCAUUAUGGAUAACAUGCUGGAAGGCGUACGCCAAUUCCAUGAGCAACCAAAGGAAGUGAAGAUGGAAUGGUACUCCCGGGAUUAUAAGCAACCUGUUAGGUAUUUCUGCAAUGGAAAUCUCCUUGUAAACAAAGGAGCUGCAAGUUGGAGGGAUUCAAUAGCUUUUGAUUUCCAUGAUGGCCAACUAGACCCCGAAUUUUUUCCACCAGUGUGCAGGGAAGCUGUAAGUGAAUACAUAAAACACAUGAUGAAGCUUAGAAAGACACUAUCCGAACUGCUAUCAGAGGCUUUGGGGCUUCAUAGUGACUACCUUGCCAGCACAGGAUGCAUGGAAACUGAGUCACUGGUGUGCCACUACUACCCAGCUUGCCCUGAGCCAGACUUAACGCUGGGUGCUACCAAGCAUUCAGACCCAUCUUUCCUGACCAUUCUCCUUCAAGAAAAUGUCAGAGGGCUCCAAGUUUUUCAUCAAAAUAACUGGGUUGAUGUUCCUUCUCUACCAGGCGCUUUUGUAAUAAACAUUGGCGACUUCAUUCAGCUCAUCACAAAUGGCAAAUUCAGAAGUGUGGAGCACAGGGUGCUAGCAGGACAAGUACCGAGGGCAUCAGUCGCGUGCUUUUUCUAUCCAAGCACAGCAAAUAAGUUUAAACCAUAUGCACCAAUAAAAGAGCUUCUGACAGAAAAUAAUCCACCUAUAUACCGAGAAACUCAUGUCACUGAAUAUAUGGCCUAUUUCAGGUCCAAAGGUCUGGAUGGAAACUCAAGCCUUCCUCAUUUUAAAUUGCAAUAACCUUAUGAUGCAAUGAUAUUACAAGAUCAUUAUUUUGAGAAGCAUUAAUAUAAAAGUAGUCUGUAAUUUAGCUAAUAAUGUUUUUUGAUGU